AUGCUUCGACGAGUGAGGCAAUUGUUGAUCGCGUGCGCGUGCGCGUGCGCGGUGGUGAUGUUCGAGGAGACGGCGCGGUGGCGACCGGGCGCGUGGGCGAGCGGCGCGCGCGCGGCGCUGGCGCUGUGCGGUAUCGGUAUCGCGGCGACGACGGUGGCGAUGCGAUACGUCGAUAGGGUGAAUGGGGUGCAUAAUUUCAGUGGAGGGGCGAACGGGAGAUCGAGCGCGUUCGGGUCGACGGGCGGGGCGGACGCGGAGGCGGGCGGAUCGAACGGGACGCGGGCGACGUGGAACGGGAGCUCUUGGACCUCGCGCUCGGGAUCGUUCGGUAACAACGCGAGCGUCGGUGCGGCGAAUGAGACGAAUGUUGAUAAAGUUCAGGGCACGGGCGCGUUUGGGUACGGCGGGUAUCAGGACGAGGUUGAUUACGACGACGCGCGAGCGAGAGGUGAGCGCGAGCGCGCCGAGCAAGAGCGAUGGGCGCGCUGGGAGGCCGAGGAUGAGGAGCGUGAGAAUCGCCGAGCGAGCAGUCGCGCGGAGAAAAAGGUUGAGGACAGGGCGAAGAAGGAAAAGUCCCGCGCCAAGCGAUGGGCGCGAUACGACGAGCAAUGGGAGCUCCUGGAGUCCGCCGCGUCUUCGGGUGAACCGCUUCGAUACGAUGACGUCCCGUGGCCUCCUAAGAUGAAGGAACUUCUUGACCGUGAAUCCGGCGGAGAAAAUGCUUCCGAUCGCGAUCGCAAGCUCGCCUAUCACCGUUGCGUCAAGCGUUGGCAUCCGGACAAGUUUUUGUCCAAAUUCAGAGCCCGCAUCGAGCUCGGCGGCGACGCUGAUAAGAUCGCCGAGCGCGUCGGCGCCGUCGCCAAGGCCCUCACCCUCGCGUACGGCGCCGCCUAG